CUCGACUUCCUGUGUUUGCUCUGUUCUUCUUGUUUCUCGUGUUUCGUGUUUUGACCAGUAUGUUCUUCCUGUCUUUGUCAGUCUUUGUCAGUCUUUGUCAGUCUUUGUCUUUGUCAGUCUUUGUCAGUCUUUGUCAGUCUUUGUCCAGAUCUUUUUGGUCUAAAUCUGCUGCUGUGUUGUUGACAUCUGUGUUUGGGCUCUGUUGGACUGAAUGACUCUGUGUGUGUGUGUGUGUGUGUGUCCGGUGUGUGUGUGUUUCAGAUGGAACUCAGCUUUGUGUUGCUGUGUGUUGCUCUGGCGGAGUGUGUGACCCCAGUGUCGUCUGCAGCCGAGUGAUGUUCUUUCCCAGGCAGGGAUCAUAGAGCGACUCCUGCUGGCCACUCACCAGCAUCCCUGGCUCUGGGGUCUCUAUGUCUUCACUGUUGGACUUCCCAUCAUCCUCUUUGUUAGCUUCAUGUGGCCUGACAAGAGAUUCGGUCCUCCUGACCAACAGUACUACUACAAGAAAACAGACGACGCUCAGCCAGACGACAUGACCACGCCCCAGGAGAGAGGAGGUCUGUCUGAGGAGAGAGGAGGUCUGUCUGAGGAGAGAGGAGGAAAACCCAUCCAGACCAUGUCGGGGGGGCGGAGGGGGGAGCCUCAUCAGAGGAAGUCAGGCGUUGAUUCCUGAGAGUGAGAUCAGAUGGAACUGUGAUGGUUUCCUGUAGAACUGUGAUGGUUUCCUGUAGAACUGUGAUGGUUUCCUGUAGAACUGACAGGGUCAACAGUGAAAAAACACCGUCUGAAUCUGAUCCAUGAAUAAUAACCAAUAAAACAUUUUCACUUUUCUUUCUUUCUGAGUCUUUCAAAGAAGUCAUUUUUCUGUGCUGGUUGGAGGUGACCUUUCUUGACCUUCAGCAUCACUCAACCUGAGUCACAUGACCUACGGCUGAGAUUCAACCUUUUUCUGGGCUUUACACUCAGUGUUGCUGUGUACUUCCUGACUCACCCACUCACCCCCUCCCUCACCCCCCUCCCCUCCAGCUGCUGACCCGCCCACUUCAUAUGUUGUGUAUUUUCUGCAGCAGAGAAUCAGGUGUGUCUUUGGCCUCAGCUCUGAUCUGCUGCAGAUGUGAGGAAUUCCUGAAGGAACAGAAACAGCCACAGAUCCACGCGUUCGGACGUCGACGUCGACUGCUGUUACUUCGACUCUCAGAGUUUUUGUUCUGCUGAAAUAACAGAGUGAAAAUGUCAGAGCAGAUGUUCAGGAGACUGAUCGUCCUCACCGCCUUCUCUCACUUCCUGUGUUCGUCUGAUGUUUGCCGUGAGGAGGUGACUACACUGCGGCAACAGGAGAAGCUUCUGGAAGACCAGCUUCACAAACAAGAACUCCUCCUCCUCAGGUUACAGCUGCUGGACCAGCCUGACCACAGAGUCCCAGUCAACCAGAGUCAGGACCCCCGGGACACAGACUGUGCCCAGCUCUUCACAUCAGGGUUCAGGUCCAGUGGUUCCUACAGAGUCCAGACCGGUAGAGUCUACUGUGACAUGAGUGACGGAGGAGGGUGGACCGUCCUCCAGAGACGGACCAAUGGAGGCGAGACGUUUAACAGGUCCUGGACCCAGUAUAAGGAUGGUUUUGGAGACCUGGAGUCAGAGUCUGGAGAGUUUUGGAUCGGGAACGACAAACUACAUAACAUCACUUCACAAGGAAAUUACACUCUGAGGAUUAACCUGGAAGACUUUGAUGGAAACCAGCGCUACGCUGAGUACCAGGAAUUUAAAGUUGCCAACGAGGAGGAUUUUUAUCGGCUCACCUUCGGAGCAUAUACAGGGACAGCGGGGGACGCUCUGUCUGGAAGUCUUCAGGUGGGGGUGUCGGAGUGGGCCGGGCACCGAGGCAUGAAGUUCACCACCUACGACCAGGACAACGACAACUACCGGGGAAACUGCGCACGAGAGGACAAAGGAGGCUGGUGGUUCAACAAGUGUCACUCAGCUCACCUCAACGGCGUGUACUACUCCAAAGGCCACUACAGUGCAGUGACAGAUGACGGUAUAGUGUGGUACACGUGGAGAGGCUGGUGGUACUCCCUGAAAACCACCAUCAUGAAGUUGCGACCCACUGACUUCAGAGUUGACCCUGCUGAUGACCCUGGUGCUGUACCGCUGCACUAACACGUUAUCAGGUCAAGGUUCACUGUGAAGGGGUCAUGAAGGUCAGAUAAGGCUGAAUGUGUGAGCAGGGACGACGCAGUAACAUAUACACAGAGUAUUUAGAGUAUUUAGUUUCCUGCUGGAUCAUGAUUUAACACUGAAGCCUCUCAGCAGUAGACCAUAAACCAGCGGUUCUCAACCACUGGGCAAGAAAACCAGAUUUUACUUAAUUUGUCGAAAUACUUCUAUUGAUUUACUUUGACUAUGUAACAGUGACACACUACAAACAAAAUAUAGAUAAAUACGCCACCAGGUGGCAGUAGGUGGCUGUAUGUAUAUGUAUGUCUGUAUAUCUAGAAAAAAAGAGAGACUUGAGUAGCUGAA